AUGGCCCUCGGCGGCCUCGGGGACACCCCCAUUCCCUUUGGCGGCCCCGGGGACACCCCCAUGGCCCUCGGUGACCCCGGGGACACCCCCAUUCCCUUUGGUGACCCCGGGGACACCCCCAUUCCCUUUGGUGGCCCCGGGGACACCCCCAUGGCCCUCGGUGACCCCGGGGACACCCCCAUUCCCCUCGGCGGCCCCGGGGACACCCCCAUUCCCUUUGGUGUCCCUGGAGACACCCCCAUGGCCCUCGGUGACCCCGGGGACACCCCCAUGGCCCUUGGUGACCCCGGGGACACCCCCAUUCCCUUUGGUGGCCCUGGGGACACCCCCAUGGCCCUUGGUGACCCUGGGGACACCCCCAUUCCCUUUGGUGGCCCUGGGGACACCCCCAUGGCCCUCGGUGGCCCCGGGGACACCCCCAUUCCCUUUGGUGGCCCUGGAGAUACCCCCAUGGCCCUCGGUGGCCUCGGGGACACCCCCAUUCCCUUUGGUGGCCCUGGGGACACCCCCAUUCCCUUUGGUGGCCCUGGAGAUACCCCCAUGGCCCUCGGUGACCCCGGGGACACCCCCAUUCCCUUUGGUGGCCCCGGGGACACCCCCAUGGCCCUUGGCGGCCCCGGGGACACCCCCAUUCCCUUUGGCGGCCCUGGGGACACCCCCAUGGCCCUCGGUGACCCCGGGGACACCCCCAUUCCCUUUGGUGGCCCCGGGGACACCCCCAUGGCCCUCGGUGGCCCUGGGGACACCCCCAUUCCCUUUGGUGGCCCUGGGGACACCCCCAUGGCCCUUGGUGACCCCGGGGACACCCCCAUUCCCUUUGGUGGCCCUGGGGACACCCCCAUGGCCCUCGGUGGCCCCGGGGACACCCCCAUUCCCUUUGGUGGCCCCGGGGACACCCCCAUGGCCCUUG